AUGGAAGAACAUAAUAUUACUUCUCUACCAAUUUAUUCUCAUGAUUCCGAUAGUAUAGUUACUAUAGUAAAUUUAGUUGAUGUAUUAAAUUACAUUAUUAAAGAAGCUGUCGCUGAUGAAAAGUUGCCAAGCAAAUUGGAUAGUGAAAAAAGUCUUAGUUUAAAUAAUCAAAUUGAAGUUGUUAUGACUUUGGAUGCUGAUAGAGAAAGUUAUAGAAUGUUUAAAGCUGAUGCUAACGAACCUAUUAUUUCGGUCCUUGAAGCAUUUUCUAACGGUAUUCAUCGAUGUUUGGUUAUUGACUACACUGACAAAGUUCCACCGUAUGUCAUAACUCAAACUGAUAUUAUAAGAUAUAUACAAGCCAAUCCUGAAUGUUUAUCAGGGAUUGAUUUGGAUCGUUCCUUAGAAGGUUUUGGUCUUUCUGGACCUCGUAAUGUUGUUAUUGGAAAAGAUAAUGAAACUGCUUUAAAUGUUUAUCGCAGAAUGGCUGAAAAAAGUCUUACGGGAAUACCAAUUAUACAACAUGAUACCGAAAAAUUAAUUGGUACUCUCUCUGUAUCUGACUUACGUGGUCUUAAUUAUGAAUCCAUCAAUAAUCUCGUCUUACCAGUUCUCAAGUUCUUGGCUGUAUCGGAAUCAACUUUGAAUCCAAUUACAGUCACAAAAGAUGUUGCACUUAAAGACGCACUAAAAACAAUUGUUGAUAAUCAUAUUCAUCGUUUAUGGGUCGUUAAUGAGGACAAAAAAGUUGAUAAUGUUGUUUCUCUAACGGAUUUGAUAAAACUAUUUUCACAAGCCUGA